AGUCGUCAUUGUCGUUUUACGCGACGCAUUAUUUCUCCUGUCCGAAACUCCGACGCGAUCUAGCUUCUAUAGCUUUGCCUUAGACUUAGAAUGUGCGCGUACUUUUGUGUGUGUUGAAAAUGGCUCAAAAUGGCACUGAGAAAAUUAAAACGUCGACAUCUGUGACAAAUUUAAAUGUGGAAGAUAAUAUUUUAUUAAAUGAGGAAACUUCGUGUGGGAUAUGGUUUGUCAAGGGUAGUUUUCUGCAACGGUUUGCAAAUAAAAAGGCGUAUGUUUUUCUGUAUGGGAUUUUGGGGUGUUUGUUUUCGGCUACGUUUGCGUAUCAUAAUGGGACGAUAACUACGCUUGAGAAAAGGUUUAAAAUUCCAAGCAGGAAUUCAGGAAUUAUUACAAUUGGUAAUGACCUAAGCACAAUGAUAGUCUCCGUAGUAGUAAGUUACUACACAGAGCGUAAACAUCGUCCUCGAUGGAUAGCACUAGGUUUGUAUACGGUGGUCAUCUAUUGCCUCUUGACGGCAUCACCUCAUCUGCUCUACGGCGCUGGAGACGACGCAUUGUACCUGACGAAGGAGUACGGCGCCGAUUUCGACGAAGAUUCCACAUCUUUUUCAUCCUUGCCUUCUUCUUCAUCAUUGCACUCGGCGUCUGUGGAGAGGCGCACGCUUUGUUUGCGCGACGCGAAUGCCUCGCACGUUGAGUGUGAAGUCGAAGACGGAAAUUACGCGCCGCAGGCGAUCUUCUUCAGCGCACAAUUUAUUUCCGGUAUUGGUGGGCCACUCUACUAUACGUUGGGACUUGCCUAUCUGGAUGAUAAUGUCAAGAAGUCUAAGACGCCGGUUUUUGUCAGUUAUUCCUACUUUUUGCGAAUGUUGGGUCCAUGCAUUGGCUACACUCUUGCAUCCUUCUGUUUAAAAAUCUACAUCUCCCCUACGUUGACGCCAACAAUCACAAAUGAUGACCCUCGAUGGUUAGGCGCAUGGUGGCUCGGCUGGAUAAUCCUUGCCACCCUUAUUUUUAUUUUCGGUUCUCUAGUUGCUCUCUUCCCGAAAACAUUACCGCGUGCUGCGGCACGUAAACUACAACGACAAAUCUCACACCAAGAGCACGUGGAAAAUGAGUUGCCUACAUCAUUCAAAGAUAUGGGAGUAACUUUUAAAAGAAUAAUAUCCAAUCCAAUAUUAAUUACGAAUAACCUAGCGGCCAUUUUUUAUUUUAUUGGUUACAUGCCCUACUGGAUAUUUUUGCCAAAAUAUAUUGAAACACAAUAUAGACAAUCAUCGCCAGCGUCAUCUUUGAUUACUGGAACUGUUGGGUUAGUGUUUAGUGCGAUAGGAGUUUUGUUAUCUGGGAUUAUUAUUUCGAAAUUUAAACCGAAAGCAAGAAAAUUAGCAGCUUGGAAUGUGAUUGUUGGAGUGAUAUCCAUUGCAGGGAUUUAUUCCUAUGCAUUUUUGGGAUGUGUGGAAAGUGAUAACAGGGCACCUGUGGGACCAACAGGAGAAAUAAACCCGAUAUUACCAUGCAACGCUGAUUGCGGAUGUGAUUUCGACGUGAAAUACAGCCCAGUUUGUUCUACAGACGGAAGCACCGGCUUCCUCUCAGCGUGUCAUGCUGGGUGCACCCAUCAAACAAUGAUCAACGGCACCAAACACUAUACAGACUGUUCGUGCAUACCCACAUCUACCGAAGAUUCUAACCAAACUCACCAAGAUGGAGUGGCGAAGCAAGGAAAUUGCGCUGUGGACUGCACAUCAAAGUUUUAUAUCUUCCUCGUUGUUGUAUGUUUGCUCAAGUUUUCGGGAGCUACAGGGAAGGCUUCAAAUUAUUUAGUUACAGUCAGAAGCGUUGAAGAGAAGGAUAAAGCUGUUGCGAUGGGUUUCAGUCUUACUAUGAUGAGUUUAUGGGCUUUUGUACCAUCACCAAUAUUAUUUGGUAUUAUAAUAGAUAAAGCUUGUUUAUUAUGGGGUAGAACCUGCACCGGAAAUGGUAAUUGUUGGUUAUAUAAUGGCGAAACUUUACGCCAUACCAUGAACUACACAGCAGCGGCAUUCGUCGCAAUUGGAACAUUUUUCGAUGUUGUGGUGUGGUAUCUCGUCAAGGACCUGAAAAUAUUUGACGAAGAAAUCACUGAACUUGAAUAUGUCAAAGAUUUUAUCAAACUGGAAGACGAAGUCAAAGACACCGACGUAAACCAUUCAACGAAAUAAUUAUAUAUAACAUAACAUUACAAUAAAUCCAAACAAUUCAUUAAUUGUAUUCAUAAAAACAUAAAUAAAAAUUAUAACGUGCUA